AUGAGAAUAAGAAAAACAUGGUGUACAUUAUGUCGUGAAAAUUUUGAAGAUGGGGAUGAUUGUAUUUGUUGUAAACAAUGUAAAAAAAAAUUUCAUAAAGAAUGUUUACAAGCAGAGGGGUUAAUAGAUGUAGAACAAUUAAAAGAUAUAAAAAAUUAUAUAUGUUAUCAAUGCAUGAAUGAAGAAGAUGAUACUCCUGAGAAUGAAGAUAGAUGUAAAAUAUGUCGUGAAAAAGCUUCAAAUUUAAUUUUAUUAUUGUGCGAUGGAUGCCCUAAUAGUUACCAUGUUAGUUGUUUAGGAUUGCAAACAGAACCUGAAUCAGAAAAAUGGUAUUGUCCAGUUUGUAAACCAGAAGAACAUAAAAAUUUAGAUAUUAGAAGAAUGAGAAAAGGAUUUGCAAUAGAUAAUAUGAAUGGCGAUCAUGUAAAUUCUUCAAGUUGUUAUGUGUGCCAAAGGCCUGGAAAAUUAUUAGGAUGUGAUUUUUGUCCAAAUUCUUUUCAUCCUAUUUGUUUACCAGAUCUUGAUUUUGAUAACAUUUCUGAUCAAUGGGAAUGCCCAUGCUGUAAAAAUGAAGAUCCAUUACUAAAUCAGGGACAUAAAAGAUGGACUAAAAAUGAAAUUCAAGAAAUUAUGAAAAAAAGACAAAAAGAAUUAAAUUUUUGGCGAUCUAGAAUUAUAAAAUAUAGAAAUAGAUUUUUAUUAGCACAUAGAAAAGAUUUGCAACCAUUUGUUAAUCCAAAAGUUUUUGCAAAUUUAACAAAAACAUUUAAGAAUGAUUUUUAUGCUUCAAAAUGUAAUAAUACAAAUAAAAAAGGAGGAAAAAAUGAUUCUGGAAAAGGAACCAAAAUAACAUCUAUUAAUAAUAAUUCCUCAAGCAAUGGAAAAAAGUGUCUUAAUUUAGAUUCUAAAGAAUUUGAUGAAUAUAUAUCAUCAUUAGAAGAAGAGGCAAAUCAAAAUGCAAGCAAAUUUAUAGAAUCUGUUUUUCUUAGUGUUUAUCAUCCUAAUGGAAAAAAAAUAGAAAGAAGGCCUCUUGUAGAUAAUGUACAAUUAAAACCUCAUCAAGAAGAUGGUGUUGAAUGGCUAUUAAAAUCAUUUUUAACUGGGGGAGCUAUCUUAGCAGAUGAAAUGGGAUUAGGUAAAACUAUACAAACUUUAUGUUUUUUAUCUUAUUUAAAAUGUAAUAAAAUAGAUGGACCCAAUUUAAUUGUUGUUCCAUUAUCUACUGUUGGUAAUUGGCUUCGAGAAAUUCAUAGAUUCACUCCACAUCUAACAUGUAUAAAAAUUUGUGGUUCUAAAAAUGAAAGAACCCAUGCUAAAGAAGAUAGAUUAGCAGAAAAAGGAUUAUAUGAUUUAUAUGUAACUACAUAUGAAACUGUCAAAAAUGAAGAAGAAUUUUUUGUAGAAACAAUACCUAAGUGGCAAUGUAUUGUUUUAGAUGAAGCACAUAGAAUUAAAAAUCAAGGCGGAGCAAUCAGACAUUCAAUGGAUAGAGUAGUGGGAAAUAUGAGAUUGCUUCUUACUGGUACCCCUCUUCAAAACAAUUCAGCAGAAUUAUUUACAUUGAUUAAUUUUAUGUUUCCAGAUAUUUUUAAAAACUCAGAAAUAAUUGAGCAAGCCUUUAUGAAUACACCAUCUAUAUCCGGAAAUAAUCAAAAUGCCGGAAGUUCAAAUAUGAAUAAUAAUAAUAAUGGAAAUAAUAAUAAUUAUAAAUUAAAUGUUAACAUAGGAAAUAUAGAUUUAAAAUCUUCAAUUAAAGAAGAAGAUUUAAAAGCAAUUCGAUGUUUAUUAGAUAAAAUAAUGUUAAGACGAUUAAAAGAGCAAGCUAUAACAUUACCUCGAAAAAUAUUUCACGAUAUAUGGUUGCCAUUGGGUAGUUUAUCAGCACAUUGGUAUAAAAGAUUAUUGGAUAUUAGAUCAAUGGUUGAAGAAAAAGUAAGUGUAAAAAAAUUAUUAGGGUUAGUUAUAAAAAUGAGAAUAAUUUGUGGGCAUCCAAAAGGGAUAGUUAGUAGACCAUCACAAAUGGAAAAGUUAUUUGGAUUUUUUGAGGAAGAAAGUGAAGAAAUAAAAGAAGAAGUUAAAAAAGAUGCAAUUAAAUUAAAAAAUAUUUCUGGAGAGGAACAUAUAGAAUCCUCUUCGAAACUUAUUUUUAUAGAUAAAUUAUUAUGUCAAUUACAUUAUGAAAAUUGCAAAUAUGUUAAAAAUUAUGCAUCCAAUUUUGAUAAACAUAAAAAAGAAGUUGCUAUAUAUCAUUAUCAUAAAAUGCAAGAACAAAAUCAGUCACAAAAAAAAAAAAGAGAACAUAGUGGUAAGUUAAAAAAAACAGAAGCUUUAGAAAAUUCUCCAUUAUUUAUGGAAAUAUAUAACAAAGGUAAAUUAGAAUUAAAACCAACAUCUAAAGAUGAAGAUAAAUUAAAAAGUUUUAUGCAUACUGUUUCAAUUGAUAACGAAUGUCCAUAUAAAAAAAAAAGAUGUAUAUAUGAUAAAAUAAAGGAAAUGAUUAAAAGUAAAAAUAAUGCCAAAUUUAAUCAAAAUAAUUUAUAUUCUAUGAAAAACCAUUCUAAAGAUUUUUCUGAAUUUCAUUAUAAAGAAAAUGCAGAAGCCAGCGAUGGUGAAAAUAAAAGCAAAAAUGAAAAUGAAGAUGAAGAAGACGUGGAUGAGGAGGAAGAUGAAGAGAGUGGGGAUGACGAAUAUAAUAAUUAUAGUGAAAAAAAUAUAGCUGGGAAAAAAAAAAAAAAAAAAAAAAAUUUAAAACAGAUAUUUCCUGAUGAGGACAGCACUGAAGAAAGUAACGAAAAUGUUGAAAAAGGUGAAAAUAUUGAAAAAGGUGAAAAUAUUGAAAAAUGUGAAAAAGGCGAAAAAGGUGAAAAUAUUGAAAAUAAAGAUCCUGAAGAAAAGACUCGAGGGACAAACAGUUUAGGAAACGAAAGUGGAGGGGUAAACACCAAAAACAUAGUUACCUUAGGAAAAAAUUGUAAAAUUAUAAAUAUAAAAGAAUUUUUUAAAAGUGAAAAAGAAGCAACUAAUAGUGAAGGAACAUCCAAUGCAAACCAAACACAAGUAUCUAAGAAAGAAAAUUUAGAAAAAGUAGAAGCAGAUUAUAUUAAAAAAGAAUACGAAGGAGAUACUAUAAGUACAAUACAUUUAAAUAAAAGCGAUAGUGAAGAAAAAAUGAUGCAAAUAGGAGAAAUAAAAGAUGAAAAAAAUGAAGAAAUAGAAAAAAAUAAUAAUACAGUUAAUAUAAAAAAAGAAGUAAAUAUUAAACUUCCUUUUACAAGAUCAAAUUCUAAUAAUGAAGAAGGAGGAAAUACAUCUAAAACUGAAGCUAAAAUGCAUAAAGUUUUAAUUUUUACUCAAUUUCAACUAGUAUUAGAUGAAUUAGAAGAAUAUUGUAAAUAUAGAUGUUGGAAAUAUAUGAGAUUAGAUGGUUCAACUAAUAAAUUAAUCAGAGAGUUAGAUAUUAGAGAGUUUAAUUUAUCCGAUAGUAUAUAUUUUAUAUAUUUAAUUAGUACUAGGGCAGGUGGAUUAGGUAUUAAUUUAACUGCUGCAAAUCAUGUUAUUAUGUAUGAUGAGGAUUGGAAUCCUUUUAUAGAUUUACAAGCUAUUGAUAGAGCACAUCGUAUUGGUCAAAAAAGAGAAGUAAAUGUUUGGAAAUUAAUGACAGAAUGGACAGUUGAAGAAAGAAUGGCAUUUAGAAGGGAACAAAAAUUAAAAUUAGAUAAAUUAGUUGUUCAAACACAAGAAGAUGAAGAUAUGUUGGAUAAUUUUGAAGAAAAAUUGUCGUCAGAUGAAAUUCGAAAACUAAUGUUACAUGGAAAAGCUGCAAUACAAAAUAUGGAUGUUGAAAAUACUUUUGAUUUACCCCUUGAAUUUUUUAUAGAUAGAGGCCGAAGAAAAUUACCAAUUAUUAAUGGUAUUGAUUUAGAAAAAGAAGAAAAAAAUACAAUUGAACAAGAAAUAAAAAAUAUAAAAGAAAUCGGAGAACAACUUAAUACAAAUGAUGAAGAUAAUAUUUAUGUACAAAAGGAAAAUUAUAUUAGUGAUGAAGAUGUUAAAGAUAAUAAUUAUUAUGAAAAUGGAAUUGAUAUGGAUGAAAUAAUGGUUGAUGAAACAGAUGAAUUACUUGAUCAAGGUCAGAAUAAUAAUGGAUUAGGUUCUUUUUAUGAAGAUGGAAAUAAUGAUCCUAAUUCUACAAAUAUAGAUGCAGUUAAACAAGAUAAAGAACCCAAUGGAAGUAAUCAUUCUGGAACUGGAUUAAUAUCACAAUAUUCAUCAAAUAAUAAUGGAGGUGAUUCUACAUUAUGGAGAUCAGUAAGGGAAAGAAAAAAACCACAAAAUAUGUAUACCCCUGAAUAUUGGGGAAGGAAACAAGAGGUCAAACAAAUAAAACAUGAAUAUAGAUGCUUUAUAUGUAAUAAUACAAAAAAUUAUAAAACAACUGUAAAAGAUAGAAAUAAUAAUGAUAUUGAAAUAGAUUAUGGUGAUAUGAUAAAUUGUUUCAGAUGCCCUAAAACAUAUCAUAAAUUAUGUGAAGGAAUAAAAGAUGAAGUUGUUAAAAAAACAUGGACAUGUAGUUGGCAUGAAUGUUGUUUAUGUUUUAGAAAAUCAUCUCAAUGCGGAAACUUAUUAAUACAUUGUGCUACAUGCCCCACAAGUUUCUGUUAUAGUUGUUUUCCUCCAGAUUAUACACGAUAUUAUGUUGGCGAAGAAUAUUAUCAUAAUUUAAGACAAAGGGGUGUUAAUUUUAAUGCACAAAACUGGGUAUGUUUUUUAUGUUCUAAAUGUAAAGCAGUUGAAGAACAAAAAAAACGAAGAAAAAUGACAAAAGAGGAGAGGGAAAAUGAAAAACAAUUACAAAAAGAAUUAAGAAGUCAAUUACAUGAUAGUAAACAAGAAGAAAUUGAAACUAAAAAAAGGAAAAAAGCACAACAAUUAGAGAGGGAUAAAUUUAUUAUAGAAAAUAGAAAACGUAUUGAUGCCUUGGAUAAAAAAUAUGAAACUCAAUUAAGAAAUGCAUAUGAAAACUUAUUUCCUCCAAAAUUUAUUAAAGAAUUAAUUAACAGAAUUGAGCAAGCUAAACUUUUAAAACAAAAAGGUGGUACAACACCAGAUGAUGAAAAUAACACAUCUAAAGAAUUAGCAAAAAAUCAAAACUCAAAAGAUUCAGAUAAUAAUAAUAGUACACCAAAAGAUUCAACAAAUAAAAAAAAAUCAACAACAUUUUUACAUACUAAAUUGCCAAAUAAAAUUUUAGUUUUAUGUGAAAAUUGUAAACUACCAUGUCAUGCAAAUUAUAAAUACCCAGGAAAUUGUUGUUAUCCUUUAGAAUUAGAUAAAUCAUAUUUUUAUGCAAAUUCUUCAUUUAAUCAGUCAACAAAUAAUAAAGAUAAUAAAAAUAUGAAUGGUGAUAACAUAAGAUGUGCUAAUGGAUCAAACUAUGUUCAAUAUCAAUGUUCUUCUACUACAUUAAUGGAUAAACAAAAUUCAAUCCCUAAAAAUAAUUCUAAAGAUGAUAAUAUAAAUGAAAUGGGUCAAAAUAAUAAUCAAAUAAAAGAUGAAGAAGAAGAAGAAGAUGGUGUUAUUAAUUUAUCCGAAAAUAAUAAAGAUAAAAAAAUAGAUUAUAAUAUACAAGAUAAUGAAAUAGUUGGAAAAAAUAAUAAAAAAUUAUCUAUUAUAAAUGAAGAAGAAGAAAAAGAAAUGAAUACAAUGGGUCAGUCUAAUUACAAUAAUGAUGAAAAUUCAACUAAUAAUAAUCGAACAAAUUUUCAUGAAAAUAAAAAUGAAGGAAAUAUAAAUGAUAAUGAACAAUGUGGUGAAUCACCAAAUAAUAAUCUUGAUACUAAUGGAAAAGCAAAAACAAGACGAUUUUUAAGAGCUGUAUGUUCAAAAUGUGGAACUGUUCAACUUGGUAAAUUAGCUCAUUUUAGAAAACAUUGUGAUAAAUUAACUGAGGAAGAAAAAAAAGAAUAUGACGAUAAAAGAGAAAAAUUAAAACAUUUAAUAGAAUUGCUCAACACAAAAAAUAUACCUGAUGAACAUACAGAAGAAGAAUAUAAAAAUAUGUCGAUUUUUAAAUUUAAAAGUUUAUAUAGUAGUUUUCAAGAUAAAGCAGAUAAUAUUUUAGAGGAUUGUAUUCGUGAAAUGAAAUGGGAUAUUCUUAUAUCCACAAAAAAAAAAACAGUAAAAAAAGAAAAAGAAAAUAAAAAAAAUAAUAAUAAUAAUAAUGGAGGAAAUGGAGGAAUGGGGAAUAGUAGUGGUAAUAGUAGUAGUAAAGGAAAAUGCAGUGGAGAAAAAGAUGAAGAAAAAAAAGGAGGAAAUAAUACUAAUAAUAUAUCUUCAAAAUCUAAUUUAGCACAAUUAUUAUAUAAAAAUGCAUUAAUAAACUCACUAAAUAAAGAAGGAAAAGAAUUUAUUGAAAUUAUUAGUGAUAAUAUGACACCUGAAAUGAAAGAAAUACUAAGUCGUGAAUUAUCUUCUAUGAAAGGGAAAAGAAAAAAAGUUAUAAAUAAAAAUACUAUAAAAACUAAAAAAGUUAAAGGAAAUGGAUGGAAUGAAGAAAACAAUUAUACAAUAAAUGAUGAAAUAAUAAAUCGUCAUAAUAAUGAUAAAUUAAAUGAAUUAAAAAAAAUAAGUUCUAACAAUAAUUUAAAUAUAUAUCAUGAUAAAUUGAAUAAAGAUAAAUUAAAUGAGCAUUUUACAUUAGACUCUUUUAAUGAUGAAUUUUUGCAUAAAGCUAAAGAAUUUUUAAGAAUUACAAAAAAAAAAAUAAUUAAUAAUGGAUUUUCUGAAUCUACAAAUAUAGGGAAUGUAUUAAAUUCAGUAGACAAAGAUCAUAAUACUGAUAUUGAAAAAUCAAUUAUUCAAAAUUAUAUAAAAAAAAUGAAAAAUUCAUUAAAAAAUAAUCAAAUUUGUCCUAAAAUUAUGAAUGAUCCAAAUUUUAAUAAACAACAUCACAUGAGUAGUUAUGAUCAUAGAUCAAGUUCAAACUCAAGAAUAGAUAUUUAUAAAAACAGUUUUGAUAGAAAUAAUAAAUAUCAUAUUCAAGGCUCUCAUAGUAAUUAUCGAAUUAAUCGAGGAAGUAGUGGAGAUCGAAUUAAAUUUGAUGUUGCAAAUGAUCAUAAUAAUAAUAAUAACAAUAGAAUAUUUAUUCCAAAAUCUGGGAUAGGAAAUAAAAAUUUUCAUUUUUCAGAUAUAAAUGAUUUUAGCGUUGACAUAUUUAAUAUCGAUAAGAACAUUAAACACAAAGAUGAUCCAGUAGAUUAUGACAUAAAAAAAAUAACAAGCACAUCAGAAAACACAGGAACAAAUAAAGUACACGAAUAUAUAUUAUAUCGAAAAAAAAAAAGUAAUAGUAAAAGUCAUGGAUAUGAUGAUGGUAACAGCUCUAAUUGUAGCGGUAUGGGAAAAAACGAUAAUAUACAUAAAUAUGAUGAUAUUGGAAAUAUAAACAAAAGUGGAAAAAUAAACAUAGAAACACAAAUGAGUAUAAAGAGAUCUUCAAAUUCAAAUGAUAGAAUAAAACAAUUAAAUCUGAAUGAUGUUAAAAGUUUUUUAAUAAAUGCUGAAAGAAAUUAA